AGCCGUCUUGGCCGCAACCGCUGGCGGCGGGCCGAGCCAUGCUGCGCCCUGCAGCGCAGCGCGGCACGCGCGGAGUGCCGGAGGCCGCGCGCGCUCCGGCAGAGGCCCGCCAGGCUUCCGGCGCACGGCGGCGCGCGGGGUGGGUGCUGGCGGCGCGGCCAGCAGGUCGCCGGGGCGGGCCCGAUGGUGAAGGGCAUCCACCUGUGGCGGAUGAAGCAGGACAAGUCGGAGAUCUUCGAGGUCCAGGAGAGGGCGUACGAGGACUACAUGCAGAAGAAGGCCAUCGACGACGACAGGCCGCUGGGCUUCGACCGCUCCGAGGUCCCAGGGAUGUUCUACAACAAGGAGAGGAACGUGUACCUCGACCAGGCCACUAAGCAGCUCUUGUGGCUGGACGAGGCGGCGCAGGCGCACCAGCCCUUCCGCGAGGGCGAGGACAGCGGCCUCUCGUUCGCCGCCGGGGCCGCCGCGAGCCUCGGCAGCACGGCCACCGUGCCCACGCCGAAGCAGCUCAUCAUCCCCGACCUCCACGCCGCAGCGAAAGCGUUCAAGAUAGACGUGGCCCACCUCGAUCGGCCCGCCGGGGUGGUCGCCAUCUUCGGCUCGGGUGCCGACGGCACCGCGCCCCCGGACGCCGCUGCCAAGGCACUGCCCGAGAAGCUGUUGCGGCGGUUGGCGGCCUUCCGAGGAGAGUGGUCCGAUCAGAUGCUGGCCGGCUCCCUCGCGCGCGCGUUCGCGGACGUGGCCUUCGCACUCGGCGGGCGGCAGCCUGUAGCAGCUGUGGCGCUCGCGUCGGGCCCUCGCGUGGUGGCUGCGGCCACGCCUGGGGCGCGCUUCUCGAUCGCGGCUGACGCGCCGGGAGUCGAGCCCGAGGCCCUGGACGCGGCCACAGCGGCACCAGGCCUCGGCGAGCCCACGGCGGCAAGGUGCCGGCAGCUGGCGGAGGGCGGCUCCACGGAGGCGCUGUUGGUGGCCAUGUCGCUGGGGGAGGCCGGCGCGGGAGGCCUGGCGCUCCUGGCCGCGGCCGCGCCUCACCUGAGCCAGGGCCGCCCGCGUGCUGCCAGCUUCGAGGUGCUGCGGGCCUCGUGCGCCAGGGGCGCGGAGGGCCCGGCGGCGGCAGCCGGGGCGCGGCUGGGUGCGCGCUUCGCUGGCAGAGCCCCGGGCGAGGCUGCGGCCGCGUCCUCCGCGGCCCCGCCUGCGAAGCGCCCGCGCCAGGCCGAGGUGAGCAAGAUCCGGCUGCGGCAGAUCCUGCUGCGCCAUGCUGCCUCGAAGAGUGCAGUGGACCCCGUGCGGCGGAAGCCGGUGACACGCACGCUCGAAGAGGCCGAGGAGCGGCUGCUGACUGCGCUGAACGAGCUGAGCGCGGACGGCUGCGCCAGUUUCGCGGCCACUUGCCGCGCCAUCUCGGAGUGCCAGUCCGCGCUGAAGGGCGGUGAGUUCGCUGGAGAUCUCGGUUGGCUGGACAGGCCGAGCCAGGACGCCCAGAAGCAGAAGGAGGCCGCCAGGCCAGCCUCCGCCGCGGCGGCCAAGCCAACGAAGCCCCCCGUGCCCGCGAGCGUCCUAAAGGUGGCCUUCGAGCUUGGUGUGGGGCAAUUAGGCGACCUGGUGGCCUCCGAGGCCGGCGUCCACCUGGUGCAGCGGACGGCGUGAUGAUGGAGCCGCGCUCCACCGCGGCGGGUUCAGCGUCGCCAGUGGAGCUGCCGUGGAUUCGUCGAGCCUGCUGCAGGCACCCCCGAUUUCGCGAAACGGACGGGGGGGCUUGCCGGCCCCAAGCGGUACCCGAGGAGGC